UACAGUUUUAAAAUUUUCAUCAGCACAAAAAAAAACAAUAGACUCUACUGUUAGAUUCAUUACUUAUCAUUAUUAUUAAUUAAUAAUAAUUGAAAAAAUAAAGAGAAGAAAAUAAUGGCCACGUCAUCAUCAGCAUCAUCGCUGUCGCCGCCACAGAGCGGUGGCGCAAUGGUGGCGGAAAGAAGAGGGAUACCGGCGGCAUCAUUUGUAGAAGAUGUGCAAGUUUAUUUAAAUCAAUUAGGUCUUGAUGUUAACUCUACUCUCGCUUUCCUUCAAGAAAGACUUCAGCAAUACAAGGUGGUUGAGAUGAAACUCCUUGCUCAACAGAGGGAUCUUCAGGCAAAGAUUCCAGACAUCGAGAAAUGCUUGGACGUAGUAUCUACUUUACAAGCUAAGAAGGGUACCGGUGAGACAUUGCUAACUGAUUUUGAAGUAUCUGAAGGCAUCUAUUCCCGAGCUCGAAUAGAUGAUACCGAUUCAGUAUGUUUGUGGCUUGGAGCAAAUGUAAUGCUCGAGUACUCUUGUGAAGAGGCCACUUCUCUUCUGCAGAAGAACUUGGAAAAUGCAAAAGCCAGUUUAGAAGUUUUAGUUGGUGAUUUACAAUUCUUACGUGAUCAAGUCACUAUCACCCAGGUCACUACUGCUCGAGUGUACAACUGGGAUGUUCACCAAAGAAGAGUUAGACAAGCUUCAACCUCCCAAGAUUCAUGAGUAAAGGGCAGAAUUGCUUCAAAUACAUCUGGCUUUGAAAUUUAAAUCCUAUGAUAGUUCGUGUCAUUGAGCUAUUCUUGAUGAGUUUUGUUAGAUUUUACCUUCUUGGUUUAGCACUCUAGUUUGUUGUUAUGCAUGCUUUAUGUUAAUUGAUGUUUGGUUACUUGAAAAAACUUUUGUAUGUUGAGUUAUUAGGAUCUGAGCAUAAAAAAUCAACGUAAACGAGGUAUAAUCAUCGUCAUUGUAGUUUCAUUGUAUUCAUCUCAGGUGUGUAACCGUUACCUCAAACUUAUGCAUGUUUUGAAGUGUUGAAUGAAUUUAGUGUUCCAGUGAGGCAGUGAUGUUGAGUGGGACUGCUGAUGCCUGAUGGUAUUCUCAAUUGUAAGGGUUGAAGUUUUGAUACUUUAUUAAUUUCAUGCGACUUCAUCUCUAAAA